UCACAGUUGUUUUGCGGCCAAGACGACCUAUUUACGCAAUGUGAAUUUUGUACUUUUGUUUGAUGCAUGGUAGGAGAAUGGGGAGAAAGUAUUCGGUAGACAAAAUAAAUAUAUUAUUACAAAUAAAAAUUAUAUUUACGCUCUGCUCACUACGACCUCACCUCCUGUUAUGCCUACUACUGUAUUUUCCGACAUGGAAGUCGAUAGCACAAUAGUAAACCACAGAACGCUGCAGUUAGCCUUGGAGUUGUCAAUGUUUGGAGUGAAGAAGGAAAACGAGUCUUUAUAUCCUUCAAUUGGGCCAGAUGAAAGAAGAAAAAUGAGUCAAAACACAACAGAGUGUGUUCCAGUACCAACAUCAGAACAUGUUGCUGAAAUAGUUGGGCGCCAAGGUUGUAAAAUCAAAGCACUAAGAGCCAAAACCAAUACUUAUAUUAAAACUCCUGUUAGAGGUGAAGAACCUGUAUUUGUUGUAACAGGACGUAAAGAAGAUGUUUGUUGGGCCAAAGGAGAAAUUAUAUCUGCUGCUGAACAUUUUAGUCAUAUAAGAGCUCAGCGCAAAAAUAUGAAUGGCCCUGUGGCAGUUGAACUUAACUGUGACAUUCCUGGACAGACCACAGUCCAAGUUAGGGUUCCAUAUCGUGUGGUUGGUUUGGUAGUAGGGUCCAAAGGUGCCACCAUAAAACGAAUUCAACAGCAAACCAAUACAUACAUUGUAACCCCAAGCCGUGAUAAGGAACCUGUGUUUGAAAUUACUGGACCUUAUGAAAACGUGGAAAGCGCAAAAUAUGAAAUAGAAACACAUAUAGCAAUGCGCACUGGAAAAUUUGUAGAACCGUGUGGAAAUAAUAUUUUUUACCGAAAUGGAGCUGACCAAGAUUUCCAAGGAAACUCGAAGCUAGAACAUAACGCGAUGAACUCUCCUUACACAUUAAAGAUAAACCAAUUUGGACAUUCUUUUCAUAAAAGCAAUAAUUUGCACAAAUCAUCUCAAGAAAAGAUUCUGAAAUUUUUGCCAGAGAAUAAAAUUCCCAAUCUAACUGAUUUUUCUUAUACUGGUGGUUUUACUAAUAUUAAUGAAUUAUAUGAUUCUACUGAAGGCCUCAGAGAGUCCUCCCUCAUAACUACACAACUUACUCCACGCCCAGAAGUAUCACUGUGGUCUGAGAUCGGAAACUUAGAUACCACCCCAUUUCUUAGAAACAAAUCCCUAGUCAGUUUCUCGAGUCAUAGAAAUAACUCGAUCAAUGGUGACAACACUUCUCUUGCAGAUUCUUUGGCCUUUAGCCAUCAAUCUUCUCGACAAAUCGGAAGUGACUCUCUGUCUCUGAUUCCUUUGUUUCCAUCACUUCCACAAUGCGCAACCAAUCGAAAUAGUAAUGAUGUUCUUCCUAAUUGCACCAGUAGUGUAUCUAGCAGUUCCACUGAUUCCUUUGGCUCUGGAGGACCAAAAGGAAAGCAAGAAUGUAUCGUAUGUUCUGAAAAUAAUAUAGUAGCAGCUCUAAUACCUUGCGGCCACAAUCUGUUCUGUCUUGAAUGUGCCAAUCGUAUUUGUGAAAAGACUGAACCUGAAUGCCCAAUUUGUCACCAAUUCACAAGUCAGGCAAUUCGAAUUUAUAACUGAAGACUCAUAAGGCGUUCCAUGACUUCGUGUACAGGAAUUUAAAACAAAUAUAUUUACCAUUUGUUUAUUUAUAAGUGUCAAGAAGUAAUGUUCAUAGAAGUUCUAAUGACUUGUGAAUUUCUUCAAAAACCCAUGUGUUCAAUUACCCUUUUAGAUAUUGGCAUUUAAUUACUAGUUUAAUAUAAUUUUUAUGACCCACACAACCUCUCAAAAAUGGGGUUGAAAUAUAUAUAUAUAUGAUAUUUAUUUUUCAAGGUUCUAAUAAAAACUUGAAAAGACUAUUCACCUAUAAUUACUUUAAAAAUGUCAACAAAGUAUGGUAGAUGUAGUUUCUUAUUGUAAAUAAAAUUAAUAACUUUUUAUCUGUAAAACAAACAUUCGACAUAAAACUUUUAUUCUACAUAUUUAUAGACGGUUAUAUGUAAGAAAAAUAUCAGUUGUUUGCGAUUAUUAAUGUAUAUUCGUUUGUGUGUGUGUGUGUGUGUUGAUAUAGAAUAACUAUUUGAAGUGUUAGUAUUUUAAUAUUAUUUGAAAAUUUUUAAUAUUUCCUAAAUAUGUUAAAGAUAACAUAAACAUAAGAACUGUUGAUUAAUACUUUGAAAAUAGGUUUAUACAGAACUUUUACUACCAUUUCAUGGUUCAUAGAGUGAGUUCAUAUUAAAUAUUUCCUUUGCUAUGUAUUUUGAUUUUUUUAUAAUUACACUUAGUCUUAUUUUUAUGAUCAUUAUCAUAUCAACAAAUAAUUUGUCAAUCAUUUCAACUAUUUUUACAGAAUCCAAAAUAAAAAUUUGUACGUAAUGCCACGUUUUUAUAUAAAACUUUUUUGAAAUUCAAAAUUACAUAACUUCUGAUGUUUAUCUUUUUUAAGUAUGAAUUUUAUAUAUUUUCAGAUAUCCUUAUCUGCGACAUCUAUUGUAAAAUGGUACUGGAAAAAGUUGUUUUUGUACGAAAUUUUGGAUAUUUAAUAUUUAGCGUUAUCCCUUCAACUUACUAUAUAAUAAUGUGUCGAGUAUGAUUCUACUAUUAUUACAAAAGAAUUUAUCACAUAUUUUUGUAUAUAAAGGGAAAAUAUUGUUUUUCAUGUUAUUACAUAAGCACAGUAAAUGUUAUAAAAAUGCUCACAAGUUGACAUGGUUGAGCCAAGGGUUACCACCCGUUUUCUAUUUCAUGUUUUAUUCUGUGUCGUCUGACGUUUUGUUAAAAAACUGUUUUAAAGAAUUUGAUCUUUUCUUGUAUAAAGAAAUUUUUUGUGUUCUACCGGAAUUGGUUUAAAAUGUUAUUGAUGUGUAAAAUCACGAUUCAUAUAAAUCCAUUCUAGUGUCAAUAAUAGCCAACUGAAAGAAAUAUUUCUUCAAUUGUUACUAAAGUAUAUUACACACACACACAUGGACCAAGCGUCCUUAGGGCGUUAUUUAUCAUUUCAGAUAUAGCCGCAAGAGGUCCUAUAUUUCUCUUUUGAAAAGGUGCCAACCCUAUCAAGUAAUAAAUGUAUUAUAUAAGUCGACGUAUAAUAUUGAAGUUGCCUUAUAAAUUCUGCAGUGCUGUUUUAUUAGUUCAAUUCUCUAUUAUAUACUUUGUGUGUAUGUGAGUAUUUAUUUAUUUUUCUCCUUAAACAGGAAUUUCUUAUGUUUUAAUUAAUCACUAGAGGUGAGAAAACUGACAAGCUCAAAUAGUUAGUCGUGAUUUAGAACUGAGAUUUGUACAGUAGCUGUGCAUGUCGUUCCUUUGUUUUUCAUUUGAUUUUGAAAGUACAUUUACAUCUCCAUAUUCCAGUAACCCUCAUAUAUUUGCAAAAUCUAAAUUCAUCAAAAUGAUAUAUAUUUUAUAAUUUCAUAAAACCUACUAUAACUUCAAGUACCUUAUAAAUGUUCCCAGAAUAUAUUUCUGAAUAUUCGCAAUUGAACUAGUCACUAAAAUUUAGAAUAUUAAAUAUGUCUGAUAGUCAAACUGAUCAAAGCAACAUUCAGUUCACUCAAAAUAUACUUAAGAUUAGCACUCAUUACACUUUUGUGUCCUCAUCUUCAGCUCUACUAAGAGUGUAAAUUAUUGUUAGCCUAAACAGUAGUAGCAUACUGCUGUCAACAUAUGGGUAGUAAUGCAUUCCUUGGUCUUCUCUGUGAGGGUAGUAAUAACAAAUAGAGCGAAAUAUAUCCUACUUCAGUAUUUAGCUUAUCUUUUGAAAUUCGCCGAUUUUUUCAAGUGUAUGCGAGCGCGUGUGGAAUGUCUUCUAAUUCUAUCGACAGAUUAAGUGCGUGCGUGUGCGUGUUUUGUUAUAGUAAAGCCAUAUCCGGCUGUCUGCUGUGUCUACCAAGGGGAAUCGAAUCCAUAAUUUUAGCGUUGUAAAUCCGACGUCCAACCUGGGAACCAGAUUAACAAUUAUAUUACACACCUUUAAAUAGAAGAUGAUUAAUUCACCUAUUAAUUAGGUUUAUUAUGGUGAGAUAUAACACUCAAUUAUAAAUUAUUUCCUCUGCUACAAUUAACACAAGUUUUAUCUCAUUCUUAAUUGAUUUAGUAAAUUAUACACGUAAUCUGACGCUGAGCAAGUAAUGUGUUUCCAACAGUUAACGAAAAUAUCAAGCUGUAAAUGUCAAGCGUUUUGUCUAACCAUGAGGUUGUUUGGCCAAGAGAAUAUCUUCAGAAUUAUCAGCUAUAUAAAACAAAGAUGAAACCAUAAAAAAUAACAGCGCUCGUGGCUUCAGGAUUAACACAUAUCGUUUCAAAGUAAGGACGAUAAAGAGUAGAGUAAAUUAAAUCUAGAAAUAUAUAUUUGAAGGUAUUACAACACAAGAGUGUAUGAAAGACAAGCAAAAAAGGCUUCUUAAAUGAACUCAAGAAAGGCCUUACAAACAUUUUCGCUUGCCAUUUACAAGUUUGUUCUUGCUGUAAAAAGGAGUAAGUGGGACCCGUCACAAAGUGAUUGUAAACUCAGGUAAAAUAACUUUUGGUGUUGGAGUCCAUCAAAGAAAUUGAAAGAGAAUGUCACAUCUCCGUUGAAGCUUCGUUAGAGAUGGUUAGGAUUAAGCCAGUCUUGAAGCAAGUUGUAAGCUCCUUCUUAUUGUAUCACACAGCACCUAUCUACUUUCUCUGUAUAUCGUAUAGAUUGACAUCCAAACAAUGGGGGUUUAAAACAGUCUCAUGUGAAAUGAACAGUGUGUACUUUUUUGUAAAACUGGUCAUUCUAAAAUCUGGUUUAGAUCAAUAAAAUAUUUUAUGUAGUGUAAAUUAAAGUGCAGUAAAUUAUUUGUUAUAUAAUUUAAUCUACUUCUUAAAGAAACUGUAUUAAAGGUACAAACAUUUCAACAAUG